AUGGGCGAUGACACCACGCUGGUGCUCACCGGCGUUGAUAACUACCAGAUGUGGAAAAUCCGCAUCUUGGCCAAGUUGCGCGCUGUGGGUGCUGGCCGCAUCGUCACUGGUGAGGAGACCCGUCCUCUCACCACCACGGUCUACCCGCCGGCGCACGGCACCACCACCGUCGAGGCCUGGGACCUCCGAGCUGAGAAGGCUCACGGCAUUCUCGUCGAGCACAUCUCCGAUGCCAUCGCUCUCAAGUUUGCUGACUGCGUCGACGCGCAGGAGCUCUACCGGGCCAUCACGAAGGAGUACGAGCAGACCAAC